ACACUGCAGAUGACCCGCCGAUCACCCGGAUGUUGAUAUGAUGUUAAAUUCAUUUCCCCGGCCGGGUUUCAAUGAAGAGUUGUUACCGUCUUAAGGGCCAUUUCAUAUUCUUCACGAUAACAUAACCAGAUGCCGAGAAAAACAUCUCAAUUUGUUGUAUGAGAUUUUUUUUUUUCACUCCACUCACCAGCAGCAGAGACUUUAAUCAACCAGCCUGAAAACGACAGAACAAAUGUGAGCAUGUCGCAAGAAGGAUAUCAGUCACCAGCAAUGCAAACCCCCGCCGACAACACAAGUUUGAAUGCAAAUGAGUCACAGAGGCCCAGCCCUGGGAAGACCCCCAUACAGAUCCUGCAUGAAUAUGGCACCAAAACUGGCAACCUGCCUGUGUAUAUAAUGGAGAAGGCUGAGGGAGAGGCUCACCAGCCCAGCUUCGUUUUCAGUGUGAAAGUCGGAGAUGUGAGCUGCACAGGUCAAGGUCCCAGUAAAAAGGCUGCUAAACAUCUGGCUGCAGAGGCUGCCCUCAAUAUUCUGCACAUAGAUGCUGGAACAGUGACUGUGCCCGUGAAGUCUGAGAGGGCUGAGAGUAACGGAGACGCAGCAGAAACAAACAACCAUCCCAACUCGGUGGGGAUACUGCAGGAGUUGGCACUGCAGAGAGGAUGGCGUCUUCCUGAAUACUCAGUUUUACUGGAGGCCGGUCCGCCACACAGGAGAGAAUUCACCGUUACUUGUCGAUUGGAGUCCCUGGCAGAGAAAGCUGUAGGAAAUUCAAAAAAGGCAGCAAAAAAGGCAGCUGCGGAGAAAAUGGUGGUCAGGCUCCGGAGUCUCUCAGGCUGUUCUGAAAUCACAUGGACUCCUAAACCAAGUGUACGAUUUGAGAACUUGAGGAACUCGUUAUCAGAGAAGAUUUCUUUGUUGAGAAGAAACCCGCUGAGCAUUCCCAACACAGAUUACAUUCAGAUGAUGUUGGAGCUGUCCAAGGAGCAGGGCUUUGAGGUCACAUACUUCGACAUUGACGAGCUGACGGUGAACGGUCAGUACCAGUGCCUGGCGGAGCUGUCCACCUCCCCGGUCACAGUGUGUCAUGGGACAGGCAUUUCCUGUAGCAACGCUCACAACGACGCAGCACACAGCGCCCUCCAGUACAUCAAGAUCAUGGCCUCCAUCAAGUAAAACCCAUCACAGCCAACAUUCGCCUCACCUCUAUCGUCACAUACAUCAGCAGUCAUAAUGAAGCUGUAGAUUGUUCUUCCUUUUAGUCUUCCUGCUCAUGGAUGACAUGAAGUCAAGGUAUAUUUUUAUAAUUCCGUAUAUCACAAAGCAAGAUCACACUGACUCUGAUGCAGCCAACUUUAGACAGUAUUUGUGAGAAGACAACCUCAGUGUUAAGAAUCUGAUCUAACUUAUGUCUUUAGGUUGUGCCAUCAUGUGUUACGUCAACAUAUUUAAGCAAAUGUACAUGUGUAAAUGAAAUAGGAACAGUAGGAAGCGCUUCUUUGUGCCAUUUUUUACAUGUAUGGUUUGUAUGUAUGGAAAAUGUUUGCCUCUUUUUUUUAAUUUUCUUUUGUCUGAUAUUUUCAGGUUCCAGUUGACUUAAUUUAAUUUUUUUACUCCACAUAGUUUAUCCCUGCAGGAUCACAUUGAGCUGCAUGUUGUCUGUGCACAGCGAAAAGAAGAUCUUAAACUUUUAAAUUACUUGAGAGAUACCUGCCCCUCUGUGAACAAAAAAGAGAUUAUUUUUACUAUUUAUUUUUUCCUUCUUCCACUUCUCCAUCUGUCAGUAUGCAAUCUGCCGUACAAAACCUGCUGUCUUUAUCUGCUUGACUCUGUUUCAUUGUAGAUAUGACGAGUGUCUUUAUAUUCUUAGUUUGCUGGUUUGUUAGAGGUGUGUGUGUGUGUGUGUGUGUGUGUGUGUGUGUACCUGCCUCACAUGUGAUAUAUUUAAUAAAUUUGUGUGAACUGAAAUAAAUGAAACAAACUCUAAAUGUUAA